GCUGUGAACGCCGCGCGUGCUGACCCUGUGUGAGUGUGAGCGAGAGUGUGAACAGUUUGUGUUUGUCCCCCCAGGUGUUGUUACUCACCAAAUACGAGCCAUUCACCACCGGCGGUUGUGUGGUUGAGCAAGCUCACAGGCAGUGAGUGGACGUGUGCGCGUGCGUGCGUGAGUGCAACCCAAAAGGAUCUUGGACUUGAAAGACUUCGUUGUGACUGACUUUAUUGAACGUUCUUCUUUUACCUGGACUGGAUCUAUCCACGACAACAGCAAGAUCUAUCUUCCAAUAGCAGCCUUUUUCUCCUCAUCAGACCAGUUUGUACCAACAAUGUGAAGUUCGGAGGAAAUAAUUCAUUAAUCAUGUGAUAUGCCUUGCUGAGUGGUCGUUUCAACUUGGGUUGUUUUUUAAAAAAAAACAGUUGUGCAAACAUUCGCUUGUCAUUUGAUAUCCAGUGUCUGACAUUGUGAGUUUUUUCAUUGCAACAUUAUCAUAAUAAUAUUAUCCAGGUAUAACAUCAUACAGGAUUGAUGCCGGACUACAGCAUGGACUUCUCGAGAUUGAUCACGUGACUUCAAACAGGGACGCAUGCCCUGUUCACAACAAGGAGCAAGGUGACCCAACUGCUAUUUCUGAUGCUCUGAAUAUUCUACCGUGCUGAAGUUCUGGAGUUUUGAUUGAGGGAUACCAGGCGUCUCGUUUCAUUCUGGAUACUACAUCAUUCACUCACCGAUGUGACACGUCGUAUAUUUUGUUUGUCAAGAAUCAGCUAAGAAUCUGACGCCAACUUGGGGAAAAGUUGUGCUUUUCUUAAAGAGGUCAUACGUAAGUUGGGAAUUCCCACUGUCAGCAUCGUGUCGUUUUUUUCUGAUCCACCAGCGCUGAGGAUUUGUUCACAUUAUCUCCGUCACUGGAAGCUGUCCUGUUCUUGGAUAUCAUCGUUACUACAGCCACCAGCGUUGCCAUCGAGGCCCUGCAGUAUAUCAACGCUGUAGCCACAUCACUUUCAUAGUAUAAGUUGGUGGUAGCUAUUGGCUUCUAUCGAAUCCACAAAUACGAGCCGGCUCUUAUAUGACCUGAUUGAGUUGCAAGUGCCGUAAAACUCGUGCUAAAAACAAACAAAGACCACAACGUACACUAUCACUACGAUCAGUAGCACUGAAGGAAUGAAAUAAGCGAAACGAGGUAAAAAUCUCAAACGAGGGAAAAACUCAAACGCCAAACCGCCGAAGCUCAGAGAUCUGGAGGGCAUUAUGGACAGACCCACAAUGCAUCUGCUGAAAGUUGUGUACGUGGCAGCUAGCCUGGUUGCCCUGUUGACCGGGGAGUCGGAGGCCAGCUUCGACAUCUGCAUGGACGAGGCCAUGGAGCAGGUGUUGGCCUGUCAGCCCACCAUCUAUGACGUAGCCUCCGGGGCCAACACAAGGGUCAGCCUUGAUCCCGCGGACGCCACUUGUGGAAGCCCCGCCACUACCUACAGGAGACUGGGAGAUAGGAGUGCCUGUGUGACCUUGACGGCACGGAAGGUCAGAGCAACACCUGUGAGCAGGACACAGGUCAGUGUCCUUGCAAGGUCAGCGUGGAGGGACAGCGGUGUGACACCUGUGCUGACGGAUUCUUCGCCUUCCCAAGAGGCAACCCACAGAGGGUAGAAGGGGACAAGUGUGACCGAACUACGGAUGGCAACUUCGUUCCUGCCGUCGAUGUCCUCAAACUGGAGCCCCAGGGCGGAGCGUGUGCAUUGACCUCUGACCUUUGGACGGAAGCGGCGCCGUUUGACGGGUCAGGCUAUGUCCUGUGUGACGUGAGCAAUCCUGUGGUCGUGACCUUUGAACCCCUGCAAGGCGCCAUGGUACAGAGAGCACUGCAGUGGCAGUAUUACGUGGCUGUACGCUACAGCACCGUGACCCCUGACCUCAAAGGUGUGGUCAGUGUGCAGGUGACGGGCAACACAGCAGCUGAUCUGUCACAGCUGAACACCCGUCUGGGCGUGGCGGUCACCCCGGGCUGUCCACUCCCCCAGGGGCCGGCCGGAGAGGUGGAGCUGGACUUUGUGCCAGGGUCGUCCACCGCUACGUUGAGUGCCACGGAAGCCCUCAACAUUGACGCUCGCUGCCAGUACACCAUGACACUUCGUCUCUCCAAGCAGGUGGCGCCACCCUCCACAGUACAGAGGAGAAGACGCAGAGACGUUGGCAGUCCGCCAGAUGGUUCUAUACACAUUGACUCUAUGUUGGUGCUGCCUGCCUUGACCAAUGUUGACAAAUCUGUGGCUUUCCAAGUGUAUUCAGAAGCUGCCAACAGCACGGUCAUCACAGAUGAGUACAGAGACUGUCUGCAGAAAGUUGCCACUCUCAAGUCCAGGGACCUCACUCUCUCUCUCCCUCCGUGCGAACCUUUGCUGUUUUCUGUCGCAGCUGAGCUCUAUGAUGGCUCACAAGCCUGCCAGUGUGACGCCACAGGAAGUCUGGUUACCACAUCUUGCCAGGACCUGGGAGGUCAGUGUGUGUGCCAGCCUGGCGUGUCAGGAAGGGUCUGCGACGUGUGUGUGCCAGGAUACUACAACUUCUCCGACUCUGGAUGCAUAGCCUGUGCCUGCCACCCUGAGGGCUCGGAGACAGGCGCAUGUGACUACACCACCGGCCAGUGUCCGUGCAGACAGAAUGUGGCACUCCGCUCAGCUAACGGCGGGAACACGGGAGUGCCCGUGGACGGUACGUGCAGCCAGUGUGUGGAGAACUUCUACGGAAUAGCCAGUGGUCAGGGCUGCUCUGCGUGCCUGUGUAACGGUCAGGGGUCGGUGUUGCUGCAGUGUGACCAGGCUGGUCAGUGUCCGUGCAAAGACUCCGUGCAGGGAGAGAAAUGUGACGCGUGUAAACCCGAGUUCUUCGGUUUUGGCCCAGACGGAUGUAGCAUGUGCAACUGCUCGUCUGUGGGCGCCACGUCCCCCAGCUGUGACCUCACCUCUGGUGUGUGCGACUGUAAGAAAAACGUGGAGGGCAACAAGUGCGACAACUGCCGCUCCGGCUUCUUCAACCUGGUGGACUACAACCCCGACGGCUGUCAGCCAUGUUUCUGCUUCAACCACGGGACGGGAUGUGCCUCGGCCCCAGGCUUCCAGCUUAAAGAGUGUGCUGGCUGAUGUGACAGCGGUCAGUCAUGUGACCAAGGCCAAAGGUCAAGACAUUCGAAUCACGUACAUGGCUCUGGAGAGUGCUGAGGAAGCAUCAGGACCAGACGUCAAUGGGGCCAACGUGAAUGCCACCUUUGUGGAGGAGUGCACGUGUAACAUUGCUGAAAAUGUGGCAGAGUGCAACUGUUCCAGCCCAGGUUCCCAGUCUCCUGUCUGUGACCAGGUCAGCGGUCAGUGUGUGUGUGCUGACCACGUCGUCGGGCGCGUGUGCGACCAGUGCCAGGAGAACUACCAUAAUCUGACCAUCACCGGAUGUAUAAAAUGUGAAACGUGCUACGACGAGGUUGUUAAUGCCAUUACUCCCCUGCGCUCACUACGUGACGACAUUUCCGCCAAUGUUACGGUCGUUGAGAGCCAGUAUGACGCAAGUGUCUCUCCGGUUUUCAUAGAAAGACUGCGGGUUGCCACCGCUGACACAGAGAAGCUGAUUAACUUUCUUACAUCAGCGCAGGAGUCUGAGCUGGAAGUGGGUCGUCAGAUCGGGUCCUUGAGUGCGACCUUGACCUCUGUGGAGACGCAGCUGUCAACCCUGGAGGGAAAUAAAACCUCACAGCUCGAGGCAGGUUUAGCGGAGAUUGAGGGCCAUCUUCAACAAGCAAACACAGCGAGGGCGGGACUGGAGUCUCGGGUGACGACUGCCUCAACACAGCUAGAAAGCCCAGUCCUUGAAUAGGGUUUACCAGAACACCACAUCUACUCUUCUGACCCUGGAAAGCACAGUCAUCAACGUGGUUACCAAGGCAGCCAAGACACUGUUGGGGGCACGUAGCCUAGCAACAUCGGACCAAACGCUGAAGGCCACUGUAGUCCGUCUGCAGGCUCAAUUGGCAGAGUUAACGAGCUUUGUUGUGGACGAGAAUUCUUUUCUGAACAGGGCAAACGCUGCACGGGGUCUCUCUGACUCCUACAGAGCCCAGGUAAACGCAGGGUCUUCACUGUUCUCACCGACAAACCUAAAAGCAUUGGAAACUGUCGCAGUUAUGGAGGAGAAAACUAAUCAGACUAUGGACGUGGCUUUGGCAGCUGGUGAUUGGUCGAGAAGAUCGAGUGCCGCAGAGCAGAAGACACUGCGCUUCCAAGUGGAGGCAGACAAAUUGUUUGCUGAUGCGCAGAACACACUCAACACCUUGAACAAUUUUGCGGCUCUGUCCCUGGAGGCACAGACACAAGCCAAUGCCUCUCUGGAGCGUGUGUCAUCGGUGCACGACACGAGCAAACGACAGAUCAAUGAGUCCCGAGAGCUGUCCAACACCAUCGCUCUGCUGCGACAGCUGGCCUCGGCAGCUAAAGACGCUGCGCAGCAAGCUGUUCAAGUGUCCAAGGAGAAACAGCAGCAACUUCUCGGAGUUUUGGUCCAGUCGGAGCAGCUGCAAACGCGGCUGAAGGACUUGCCGGACCGCAGCCAGGAACGCUACACCAUCUUGGACAACACGCAAGACAACAUAGUUGCUCCCGCAGCCGAGCAGAGACAGCAGAUCCAAGCUUCCCUCAACGGGUUUUCCGAUCAGCAGUUGGCCACGUCGGACGCAAUCUCACUGGCCUUGAGUAAGACUGCGGUCACAUCUCAGAAGGCGGGUCAACUUUUGAGUCGCCUGAGAUCAAUGACGGGGGUUGAUUCGGCGACGGUUCAGCAGCUGAUACAGGAAGUUCGCUCAGCGCAGUCGAGCACAUCCAUCGACAACCUUCGGCUCACUAUCGACGACCUACGGACGGCCAGGAGUGUCCAGCGUGCCGAGAUUGACAGACUGAAGGCUUUGAAGGACAACCUCAAGGUCAAGAUCGAGUCACUGGUGGCUCUGCAAGCUCAGAUCAGUGGAGGCUAAAUUGUGUUAAUGUGGGUGUAAAAACAACUACGUUAGAUCGAUGACGGCCAGUGAGUCUCGCUUAACAAAGCUUGUCUUAUUUUUAAAUAUUUAUUUUCUUCUCACAUUAAUUUGGUCCUGUGACAUUGUUUUCAUUUUGAUGAACAAGUAAUCAUAAUUUUAUGGUUAAAUUUUUUAUAUUUUGUUUU